AUGACAAAUAGCAACGACGACGAUAAGAAUGAAGGCAUUGCGAAUGCGUGUGCAAUUUGUCUCGAAAAUAUGGAGGAAGACUUGGCAACUCUGGUGUGCGGCCACGUCUUUCAUGACACUUGUGCCACACAAGCUCUUGUAAGGCGUCCAGCUUGUCCAGUUUGUCGACGCAAAGCUAGCCGCCGGAUUCGCUUGUACUUGUCCAUUGGAGCUCGCGAGGAAGAACACGUGACUAAACUUCACCGCAAUCGAGGUGGCAGCUUGAGAGCAGAACUCUGUACAAGUCACAAUAGGACAACUCAAACGGUAUCGCAUCUUCCCGAGCGUAUGAGAGAGAUGAAGGAUGAGCUAGAUCGUGUCAAUGAGAUUCAGCGUUUGACUUCAAGCCAUUCGUUUAGACUGGAGAACAAGUUGGUGCGCCUUCGACAGCAGCAAGAGCAAACCAAACAACAGAUAGAGCAUAUUCAGCACGAUUUGGACCGGGCAAAUGCAAAACUGAAGAGAUCACAGCGAAUCGCAACCGCCAGUUAUGCCCAAUGCAAAGAGUUAAAGGAGAGAAACAUUGAGUUUGAACGCAAUGUUUGUUCGGCUGCUGAUCGGAUGCUAGCAAAGAUACGAGAAUGCCAACGUACUUGCUGUCCAAGCUGUAUAAGUCAUUGGAUCGAGAUGAAACACAUUGCACUGAAGUUUAUGACCACAAGUGUGGCCAACAACAAAACUUGCUGCCAGCGUCAUGGCCAAUUGGUAGCUAUGAACAACAUUGGCGAAAGACUGGUACAACAUCAUCAUCACGCUCAACCGAACGACGUGUAA